GAAACACGCUUCCUGGGCCCUGGCUUCUAUAUAAGCCAUGCAAAACGCUCGCAAAAACACCACAAGUCCACAGCACAGCCGAAAACACACAGCCCGUGAACUCGCCAGGAGCCCCGGAAGCUAGCACGCACAGCGCAAUCCACUCGCGAGGAAGCGCGCUCGUACGCACAGCGCAAACCCACCGAACCUAAAAGGCGCGACGUGCCGAUGGCCACGGUGGAGUUGUUGACGUCGGAGGUGGUCGUCCCGGCCGAGGAGACGCCGGCCGGCGCCGUCUGGAUGUCCAACCUCGACCUGGCCGCGCGCCGCGGGUACACGCCCACGGUGUACUUCUACCGGGCGGACGGCAAGCCGGGAUUCUUCGCGGGCGACGCCCUGAAGGACAGUCUCGCGAGGGCGCUCGUGGCGUUCUACCCGCUCGCGGGCCGCCUCGGGCUCGACGACACCGGGCGCGUCCAGAUCGACUGCACCGGCGAGGGCGCGGUCUUCGUGACCGCGCGGUCGGACUACGUGCUCGACAACCUGAUGAACGAGUUCGUGCCAUGUAACGAGAUGCGGGACCUAUUCGUGCCCGCUACGCCGGCGCCGAACCCGCCGUGCGCCCUGCUGUUCGUGCAGGUCACGUACCUGCGGUGCGGCGGCGUCGUGCUCGGCCUGGCCGUGCACCACUCGGUCGUUGAUGCGAGGAGCGCGGCGCACUUCGUCGAGACCUGGGCGAGCAUCGCCCGUGGCUCCACCGGGGACGCGCCCGUGCUGCCCUGCUUCGACCACAAGCUUCUCAGCGCGCGCCCGACGCGCGCAGUGCUCUACGACCACCCGGAGUACAAGCCCGACCCGACUCCGGUGCACCCGGUCACCGCCUCCACCUACGAGAGCGCCAUCAUCACGCUAACAAAAGCACAGGUUAUUGCGCUCAAGGCGCGGUGCGCGGGGGCGUCCACGUUCCGCGCCGUGGUCGCGCUCGUGUGGCAGUGCGCGUGCCGCGCACGGUCGCUGCCCCCGGACGCAGAGACGCGGCUCCACUCCAUGAUCGACAUGCGCGCGCGCCUUGCCCCGCCUCUCCCCUCGGGCUACUUCGGCAACGCGGUGAUCCGCACGUCGGCGCUGGCCACGGUCGGGGAGGUGGUGGCCAACCCCGUCGACUACGCCGCUCGGCGCUUGCUCGCGGCGACGAGCCAGGGCGACGACUACGCGCGGUCGCUGGUGGACUACCUGGAGGACGUGGACGCCAUGAACCUGCCGAGGAGCGGCAUCUCGCGUGCGCACCUCCGCGCCAUCAGCUGGAUGGGCAUGUCGCUGCACGACUCCGACUUCGGGUGGGGCGUGCCGGUGUUCAUGGGGCCAGCGCUCAUGUACUACAGCGGCUUCGUGUACGUGAUGCAAGCCCCAGGGAAGGACGGCGCCGUCGCGCUCGCGCUGUCACUGGAGCCAGAGACUAUGCCGGAGUUCAGGAAGGUGUUCACCGAGGAGCUGGCGCGUCUCGAGCUGUAGUCGAUAACACGUCCAUGCACGUGUUUGUAAUUAAGCUCGUAAUUGCCGAGAGCGGUUGGUUGGGAGGUGCGGGUGUGUCCUUGUCGACGGCUGUGUUGUUAUCAUAGGUACAUGCCACGUCAUUACAUUAGGCAUGAAUCAAAUUAACACGUGAAUUUGUUACAAAGAUGUUCACCCUGUGAUAUCACUGUAUUCGGCAUCAAUCAAUCACCAGAAGCUCAGAACUUUGUGUUAAGAAUUAAGAUCAAUUAGCAUAACUGCAAAUUCCAGUUAUUUGAUUAUGUCUGUUGGGGAAGGGUGUCUCCCAACGGCACCCGUUCAUCGUGCAUGUAAACACCACUAAUCAAUGAAACAAUCUAUUGAUUCA